UCAGCCGGUCUCCCGGCUGGUGAUUAGGUGGUACAGUAUUUGUAAAGUGAAUGACAGUGACGAGGUAUGGGGUUCCCGGGUAUGAGGUAUGUCGACGUGUUGGAAGUACAAUGCUUGCGAGGUCCGUUGAGCGAUACAAAUGAAGUGAUCAAUAAUGAAAGGGUGAAUGGGUGUUUCCCGCUAUUGAUUGUAAAGAAAGUGCGCGAGUGCUGUUUGACGAGCCGGCUUCUUGAGAGGGGCAGAGGGGGUUCCAAUCUGCUGUGGUAAGUGACGAGUCUGGCAAUCUUCCGAGAUCCGAGGUUACGAGUCAGGUGCAAGCCCGCCCAUUCAAUCCUUCCAUUGAAUCUUCGGUCGCACAACUAGCAUGCCAUCGGUAGAUGCAUAGCUGCUGUCGAGAUA